CACACACACUUGCAGAGGCACUCUUUCUCUCUCGCUCACACACUCACACACAUAGACACGCGCACAAACUCCUCCUCCUCCUCCUCCUCCUCUCUCCUCCUCCUCUCAGUUGCCCCUGUGACUCCUUGCCGGGACGGUAUAACAGUAGCCUACAGAGCGGCGACUGGCGGUGGAUGGGGAAGGGUAGUAGCCGCAGCAGCAGCAGCAGCAGCAGUCGGGCGCAUCGACCGAAGCAUGCUCCAGCGCAGCCAUGACUUGCUCGGCGUCAGAUAGCGAGAAGAUCGUGAUCAACUGCGGCGGGAUCCGACACGAGACCUACCGGAGCACCCUGAAGACGCUGCCGGGAACACGCUUGUCUUGGCUGACCGAGCCAGACGCCUACAGCAACUUCGACUACGACCCCAAGUCCGACGAGUUCUUCUUCGAUCGUCACCCGGCCACCUUCGCCUUCAUCCUCAACUACUACCGCACCGGCAAGCUCCACUGCCCCAACGAUGUGUGCGGCCCGCUGUUCGAAGAGGAGCUCGCCUUCUGGGGCAUCGACGAAACGGACGUGGAGGCAUGCUGCUGGAUGAACUACCGGCAGCAUCGCGACGCAGAGGAAGCCCUGGACAGCUUCGAGCAGCCCGAGCCGGACGCACCUGAGGAUGACCCGGCACUCACCGGCGGGGCUGACGGCGACCUGAAGCGGCUGUGCAUGCAGGAGGACGGCCGGAGGGCGACGUGGUGGGAGGUGUGGCAGCCCAAUAUGUGGGCGCUGUUCGAGGACCCCUACUCCUCCAAAUACGCCCGAUAUGUGGCAUUUGGCUCACUCUUCUUUAUCCUCCUCUCCAUCUCUACUUUCUGCCUGGAGACCCAUGAAGCCUUCAACACCAUCUACAACAAAACAGAGAACGUCACUGUCGGCAACAGAACACAUGAGGAGAUAGUGUAUGAGGUAGUCACAGAUGGCUGGCUGACAUAUGUGGAGGGUGUCUGCGUCAUUUGGUUCACCAUUGAGGUGAUGCUGCGCGUCAUAUUCUGCCCUGACAAGGCAGAGUUCUUCCGCAGCGCCCUUAACAUCAUUGACUUUGUGGCCAUCGUGCCCUUUUACCUGGAGGUGGCGCUGAGUGGCCUCUCCUCCAAAACAGCCAAAGACGUGCUGAGCUUCCUGCGCGUGGUGCGCUUUGUUCGUAUCCUGCGUAUAUUCAAGCUGACCCGCCACUUUGUCGGCUUACGGGUCCUGGGCCACACUCUGCGGGCGAGCACCAACGAGUUCCUGCUGCUCAUCAUCUUCCUGGCGCUGGGCGUCCUCAUCUUUGCUACAAUGAUCUACUACGCCGAACGCAUUGGUGCAGAUCCUGAUGAUCCGACAGCUGCGGCCCAUACCAACUUCAAGAACAUCCCCAUCGGUUUCUGGUGGGCUGUGGUGACCAUGACCACGCUGGGUUAUGGAGAUAUGUACCCAGAGACAUGGUCGGGAAUGCUGGUGGGUGCCCUCUGUGCCUUGGCCGGUGUGCUGACCAUCGCCAUGCCUGUGCCCGUCAUUGUCAACAACUUCGGCAUGUACUACUCCUUGGCCAUGGCCAAGCAGAAGCUCCCUAAGAAGAGGAACAAGCACAUUCCCCGAGCACCGCAGCCAGGCAGCCCCAACUACUGCAAGCCAGACGCCUUGGCCAUGGCAACCGCCUCACCGCACAGGCUGAUGGGCAAUGUACUCGGGCCUGGCAUGGUGGGAUCUGGCAGUAUGAUGGGUACUGGAGACUGCCCACUGGCACAGGAGGAGAUCAUCGAGAUCAACAGGGCAGACUCCAAGCAGAAUGGUGAUGCAGCGGCCAAUGCGGCGGCCCUGGCCAAUGAGGACUGCCCUACCAUCGAUCAGGUCCUCGGGGACGAGCGUAGCCCGGCCACCGGGGGCCUCGGCUCCACCACCAGUCGCGAGCGCUACCCACAUGACCGGGCUUGCUUCCUGCUGAGCGCCGGAGAGUUCCAGCGCACGACGGACGGAAACGUUCGGAAAGUGCUGAGUUUCUAAACCCUCCCCCCCCUUUCCCUACAAGAAGAGGAAAACAAUGAACUUUAAACCGCUGAUCCUCCAUCUCCCCCAACAGGAUUCACUGUAGAAAACGAGGGAGAAAGAGAGAAAGAGACAAAAGAAGAUGAGCAGUAGAGAUCACCACAGUCACUGACACUGACCUGAACGUUUCAUCAUCUGUAUGACACAUUCAUAUGCAAGCUCGCUGAUGAUCCCAGUGAAGAAAAUGCUUAUGAUCACAUAUAAGCCAUUUCGAGAUGGGAAACAAACCAUUUCCUCAUCUUUUGAACUGAUUUUCAGAGCAGACCAGAGCAUGGAUGCUCCCAGCGUAGCAGCCAGAGGGCCUCUGAUAGACUUGGAUUUGGAAACCAUGUGACAAGGAUGCCCUCUAUGUCUUUGUUAUUUUGCUGUGUUAUUGCUUUACUGAUCAUACUUUUUUAUUUCAAGAAGCUGCAUUCACAACUGUUGAUUUCCAGUGGAUGUUCCAUUUUUUUGGCACUCAAAGCACUAUGCAAGGUGAGGGGUGGUCCAUCUUGAUGUCUAACAGCUCCGGCAGAGUCUAAUCCAGUGUUGCCGCUGGGCUGCACAGGCCGAGCCACCCUGGCAAUCUCUGCUGAGCUACAGGACCUCUGGCUGAAAUCUACUCAUACAUAUCAGAAAACAUCAGCCAUAUCACAUUUAUAUUUGACAUGAUAUAUCAUCUGAGACAGUUGACAUCUUGGGACUUCAAGUUCAACUGAUCAAAGAGCCAGUUUAAAUCCACCUUGUGAUGGAAUUAACCCAAAGACGGACAUGUGGAUGGACAUAUCUAUCAUUUGGAGUGAAGGACGGGGAAGUGUCCCGGCAUCCGCUAAGAAAAAGGAGGUGUCACUGAAAAUAAAGAUGCGAUCAAGCUUCUUUCUCUCUUUCUCUUACUCUCUCUUUCCCUCUCGAGUCUUUACCGUAUCUUGACCACCCCCUUCCCUGCAUCUCAGCAUCGCUGCUGCUCCUCCUCUUUAACAAAACUGCAUGGCAUGAAUGAAACCAAUUAAAACCCGGAGAAAGACAGUCAAAGACACAAUGGAUGGAUUUAAUAAAAUAUGAGGAGAAAGAAAGGAAGGAGUCUAUGAGAAAGGGGGAGAGAGACCAGAGAUUUUUUUUUUUUUUUCACCCAGCAAUGUCAAUGCAAAGUCAUCAUCAUCAUCAUCAUCAUCAUCAGCAUCAUCGUUGUUCAAGCUCCUUUACAACCUUCAAAACUGGCUGCUAAAUGUGCAAAACAGCAUCUUCUGCAGCAGACUGCUCUCUCAGAAGGCAUGAUGGAUGAGGAGGAGCUCCCUCCCCCUCUGAGGGACAGAGGAAAGGGGGGAGGAGAUUCUGCAGACCAUACACUCUAUACCUCUGGGGAUGUGGGGCAAGAAGAAUGAAGCUUUUUGAAAGAAAGCAGGUAUUCAGCAGGAGCGGGAGUACACCUUUGAAAAACUAUUCUAGGGACAAAAAAAAAAUGAUUGCAAAUUAGAAAUGCAUUUUUAUGACAUUGUUUACCAGCAUGAAUAUUCUGCAUGACUUCUGCAAGCCAUUCUGAUCUCCCCCAUGAAUAACAGGGCUAGAAAUUGAAAAUUUAAACAUUCAAAUUUAAAAGAAAUGAUCUUAUAUGCAACAGAUUAAAAAAAAAAAGAAGCAGGAUUAUGUUUGAAAUAGAUUUUCUCAAUUUUGUUUUUGAUGACAAAACACAAUUUAGGAAAAAAAGGGGUUGCAUCAUGUACCCUGUUUUGUUUCUUUAAGAAAUCUUAGGAGAUCCCCUGACCCUUUUAAAAUCCCUGAAGACUCCUCCCAACGUCUGCAAGUAUUUAUUCUGCUACUACAACUUUGUCUACUACUACUAAUACUUCUCACCUGGCUGCUACUCUGCUUCUUCUUCCUCCUCUUCCUCCUCUUGUAGCCUUUUACCAGAACCCGUAUAUGUUACUCUCCAAUGGCAGCUGUGUGUGUCUGUGUCCCCAUUUGGACCCAGGACUUUCAAACAGAUGUUGAACUGAACUGUGCUGUCCACUCUGAGAUGUCAUUGAUCCUGUGUGUUUGAAGUGAAAAUGUCUAUUGUCCCUUUUCUUGGGCCCUUUUCUUGACCUUGAUAUCCACAUCAAAAUCACACCUUCAAGGUUAGAAAUGUCAUCUAGGUGGGUUUAUUUACCUACAUGUGAUCCAGGAAGGACUAUUUACUUCCUCAGGUGAGAGGGUAAGAUGGCUGCCUCAUCAUCCAGGGCUGUUAUUCCACUAGGUUAGACUGAUGUCAGAAAUGUGUUUUUUUUUUUUCUGUAGUGUUAUUAAUUAGGGUUGGGGUUAAAAUAAUAUCUUCUUUAUGGGGUUAGGGGUUACAAUUAGUGCAUGUUUUUGAUUAUCAAUUCAUGCUGUAUCUACAGUCGAAGUAUGAAUUAAUACAUGGCCACAACCAGCAUUUCAGAAAUCCAAUUUAUCUUUGAGGCCACCAAUAAUUCUGUGAGUUUUUCUUAGCAUUCUAAAAGAGAGACAACUCCCACAUCUGUUUAAUUAAUUUAAAUAUUAAUUAUAUUUAAUCAAAUGUCCUUUCAUCAUGAUGUGGCAUCAGGUGUUUAAUAAUAAAUUUCCUUUAUUUCCAUUUAACAUAUUAAGUUUUUCCCCCAAGAAACAACAGAGGAAAAAUCAAAGAAUCCUGCACUCUGUCCAUGACUUCUUUAACUGUACAGGAUUCUUUGGGUUUCUUUCUAGGUCUGGUGUGCAAGAAUCUUUUUUUUUAGUUACAGUCUAAAAGCAUUCCAUAUUUGUCAGAAUCAACCUUUAAAAACCCAGCAAGUGUAACUGUAGAAAACUCCACAUUUCAUGUCAAAGACAGAUGAGGUGACGUGUUCCCAGAGGUAGCAGCGACCCUGACAAACACAAGGAAAGAGAAAGGCAGAAGACACAAACUGACAAAAGGAUAUCAUCUGCAAACAAUUUCUCCAGUAGCUUUUUCAUGGUGUAGCUUUGCCAAAUGCCCUUUAAAUCACACGAUCUCAUACUAAAUAGCACUCCUUGUAAGAAUUGCUACUUAUCUUGAAUAUUGUCUUGCGUCCUAAAUGGGAUUUGUGAUUUACUACCCGUACUUGAGUUAGCUUGAAUGUAGCCACAACAACACACACUGAAAGCUCCCGUAUUGUUCAGUUUUGAUGCUUCUGUCUUCAAAAUAACUCAGGAAAAUAAUCACUUGCUUCAUGGUGUUCCUGGUGUUACUUAAAAGUGUAGCUUCUUUUACAAAGUAUUUUUUAAUGAAUCAAGUUGAAAAAAAGGUUACAGCCACUUAAAACAUGGCGAUCAUUAUGAGUAAGAGGUAAUCAUCAAAGCCAAACUAUUUCAGAUUCUGUAAAACUGUCCUAGAACAUGCAUGGUCCUGCUAACAUGCCAAAUGCUACAUGCUAUUUGACAAGCCCAAUUAAAACAUGUAGUAACCAUACCAUAAGCCUAUGACGAACGGGGGUGAAAACUGAGCAAAAACAGCCAAAGGUUUAGCCUGAAGAGUUGCGGCUUUCCAGAUUACUAAAUUGACUCGAUUUGAAUGACUUUAGACAUUAUUUUGUGAGGUAAUACGCAUUUCUCAUGUAAACACUGUGGACAAACUGCUACGACAGGGUGCUGUAACACCGAAACCUGAAAGGAGCCGAGCAUCAUUUCCUUGUUGAGAGGACAGAAAGACACAGGUGAAAGUGUGCAGCUCAUUAGUCACACCAGCGUCAGUGGAUGAGCAGCAGCUCCUGAGUGGUGGCGCUGGUGGUUUUUCCCCCAGGGUGAGAGGCAGCCAUCUUGGCUCUAUGUGUUUAAACAGGGUUGGCCAAGUAAGAACAGGCAAAAGUGAGGACAUCCUGCUGGGCUGGAGGAAAAACACUAUCCUCUCAGAAUCUGUGGAUAGCUUUAGAUGAAAAAAAGUGAAUUACAGAGAAAGAAGGAAAUGCCUUUAAAGAUGGUAGAAGCACUUUGAUUGGACAGAAAGCUAGCAGCUCUGGACAGAUGUGUUACAAAGAAAUGUGAAUUGUUAGAAUCUAUAUUUAUCUGGAUUUGGACGUGCUGGUACUUCUCAUUUUUUUUGUCUUCUCAUGUCUUUGUAAUGGACUCAUGCGAGCACUUACAUUCACUUGAUGCUGUUUAUUUAUUUGAUUACUGGCAUUUUGGUUUGUGAGAUGAUGUGGCCACACCACACCAAUGUAUAUUUAAUUAAACUUUAGUUAGUCUGAUUAUUUUUACUGUAACAAAUAAUGACAAUGCUUUAGAAGCCACUUAUAAGCAACGGCACUGUUGCAAUUGAUGUUUACUAACCGUUAUAAUUGCUCAAUGAAUGCUAUAAAAGCAUUCCGUUGAUUGUUAAUUAACUAAAACUUUAUCAUCAUUAUUGAUGUUAAGUCAAAAGUGUGCCACCGGGCCCACUGGACACAGGCCCAGGGGCUCAAGGCUUUCAGAGCCUUCUGGCCGAUCAAAUCACUACACAGAGACACAAAACUGCUUCAGUCUUUUUCUCCAUUAUAGAAAGGGUGGUAGGACUGUUACAUGUCGAAGCCCAUGGGCCCGUAGUCCAUCCAUGUGUGUAGGUUUUUUUUUUUACUUUGUGGCUGACAUACAGUAGGGCUAUGACAAACACCAAACCAAAAUAUUCUUCUUCAUAGUUUCUUCCCUGUUAAAACAAACUCACACUCAAAGAAAACGCAGAUGACAGGUAACAAACAUUUAAUGAAAACUGUCCAGCUAUCAGCAGACAAAUCUGCAAGAUCAUCAGCUGUACAUGCUUUUUGAUAAGGGCUAUUGAGCUAAAAGAUUUUAUUCUGGCAAGCCACUGCUUUUUCCUGGCUGAUAAACAGACAGACAUGCUUGCUCAGAGGGUGAAAAUCCAAAUGUCUACCCUGAGGAUUUGUGGACUGGAUCCCUUGAAGUUUUAUCACUGGUAUUGUGAUGCUUCAACCUUUAUCCGGUGUUCCACAGAAAGGUUGUGUCACACAGUUAAGACCUACAUUAUCUGUAUUGACGGGAAUUCUUGACCCUGCACCCCACCCCUCUUUAUUUUUCUAAACGGUUCUUCAUGUUGAGUUUGGCAAAUAAUACAAGAUGUGCCGGGUUUGCUAUAUAGUUAAGACAGGUUUUGUUGGAUAUGGACAGUACACGUUCCUUUAACUGUGAUUAUUUCAUAUCAUUAUUGUAUAAUCUGGAGACGUCUACAGAAAAGGCCCUUGAUGAAUUCUGGAUUUGGACAGUGCUGGGCAACCAAGGUCUGGUAGCUCACUGGAAAGCCCUUCUGUUUCCUACAGAGCAAGUUCACUUUCAUUUUAUUGUGUCCGUGCAAUGUAUGAAAUGCAGACUUUCAUGUUCUGAGACUUUAUUAACAGUGUAAAUCCUAUCAUUUACAGUGUAUGCAUCGGUGCUGACUGAAUCCGAUAACUUCAAGGGCCAUGGCUGACAAAACAGAUCCCCUAGCUGCUUACAUGUCAAGCUUUGGCACCCAUAUUGUGUUUGAAAUUACUGUAUGUCAUCACAGCCCACAGCCCACAUAAUGAGUCUAACAAUGUUGUUGCUUUUUUCUUUCAUUUGUUUUUCAUUUACAUUUCGAGACACUUUUUCUCUGUAUCAUUCUGGGGGAGUCUUAAAUAGCAGGGAGCCAAAAAUCAAUUAGAAACAGGACUUAUCUCAGGAAUACACUGUAUCAAAACUGAGAGCUGGAAUGUUGACGUGUUGUGAUGCUGCAGUUUGUCUUUUCAGGAAAGCGUGAAGUUUCACAUAAUAGUUUCAAAAGAACAUUAUGAUCAGUCCAGUGAGUACAUCUGUAUCCCUACAAUGCUACUUGAAGCCUGGAAGUAGAUUUUUAUUUUGGACAUUUUGGUGUAAAAAAAAAAAAAAAGUGUCCCGCUGUCCCUCCACACCGCACUAAGCCUCAUUGCUUCCAGGGUGUUGUUUUUCUGUGGUACUGUAUGUGAUUAUAUUAGGGAUCAGUUCAGAUAUUUUAUAUCACUUGUCUUCCUAAAAGUUUAAAGUAGAGCUGCAGAAAUGUCAAAAAAUUAAUAAUAGCCUUCCAUGUACUGUACUGUAGCUAUACCAAGGUGAACACAACUCUGUCAGUGUCAUUCAUUGUGUUAUUUUAUAUGCUUUCAGCUUUUUUUUUUCUUUUUUGCUUAAACUGUACUUUUGGUUUACAUAUCAUAUAUUUUGCAUAUUUAACAUGUGCAAUUGUGAUGAAUUGUGAUCACGAAGAUAACAAUGCAUUGAUAAAUGCUUUUGUAUUCAAGCAUGCAGUGACCAUAAAGAGAGCCUAUGCACGCACCAGUUGGGCUACAGGCUUUAUGUCAUUGUGCUCUUGGAAAACAAUCUGUUGUAUGUCUCAGACUGUCUUUGGAAGGGGUUUAGUAAGGAGGCCAGAUGUGGCAAUUGUAGAUAUCAGAGGCAGAAUAGUUUUUUGUUACAGACCUGUAACCUGGCCACACAGUGUGAAAUGAUUAUAAUGUGACAUCUACUAUGGCCCCAACUCCUCACUGUGCAUGUUUACCCUAACCCUAAACCCUCAGUCUAGCAAUAAAACCAUGUGUGAUUGAGCCAACAUUUUUAUAGACACUAUUGCAAAUCAAAAUUGCAGAUAAAGAUGUGCUGUGUACCUAAAGGCUGUGCAAAUGAGGGGUUUUUACAGAAACAAAUGUAAUGUAGCAACCUGUACCUGGUUCAUAGAAUCAGGAGUAUCAGAGAGAGAUUUAAAAAAAAAAACAAGGCCAUAAUUGAAGCAUCUGAGGCCAAGAUAUUUUGAUUUAUAGCCUCUAGCAUGAGUCAAGCAACCUACAAUUCCCAUAAUGCGACUCGACUGCAUCUGUCGUAAUGCUGCAUUUCACUGAACUCAGAACAGUCAUCCAAGUCAGAAAUCCAAGUUGUAAACUCAGGCAAGAACCACCAAGACUGACUUCACUGACAUAAACACACACAACAUAACAGCAGUGUGGUGCUGCACACAGGGGACAAUUGCUUUUUAACUUUACAUCUCUUUCUAUUUUAUGUUUUUGUCAUGAAAUGUCCUGUUACAACAGAUUUGUAUUUUCCAAUUUCCAUCAAGUUGAUUUAAAGCCUUCUUUUCCUGUCUUCUGUUGAAUGUGCUAAUCUGUUAAAUCAGCUGCUGUAGUUGCUUGUGAAGUUCACAGGCUUGCCAUAUAAAUGCAUCUUGUGAGCAACUAUGUACUAGGACGCAUUUAGACUGGAAGUCAGGAAUACCAACCUUGGAAAUAUUGACUUCCGAGUUGCACUGUGCUGCAUCAGUAGACCCUUGCUGUCUGGUUCUGUCUCAAACAUCUUUCAUACUCCAUGCCAGCAUUUUGAUUCCAAGGUUCAAAUGACAGCAGUCACAGAAGAACAUUUUGGUUUGUUGUCCAGUGAUGAAGAUCAGAGUUUGGUUGGUUGGCUAAGACCCGAAACCCCGAAGAUUUUUACUUGCAGCCUUUGUGACAUUUGUUGAAAUUCUCCUGAAAUAAUAAUAAAAAAAAAAAAAAAGCACACAAGUACAAAAUAGUUUUACAUUACAGUUUUACAUUGGAAGAUUGACGUCAUUUUUCAUCUUCAGCCCUUUGGUGUCCCACAGGAAUGACCUUCACUUAUAGAUAUCAGAGCAAAGGUAGUCGUGUCUUGUUUGGUGCUUACAGUGCAAAUGUAAGAAAAAGAAAUGCCUCAAGGGUUCAUGGGAUAUGGGUAUUGCCCUGUGUCGCACCACCGAAUGACAGCUCCCCAUACCCACCCCUCUCUCGCCAUACACGUCCUAAGGCAUGUAGCCUCAUAGACCAACCUAGCUAAGACUAACACAGACUUAUAAAGCUGUAGGUAAUGACUGCACAGUCAAAAGACAGACAGAGACCAUGAUUUUUCCACUGCAGUGUAGCUGGGACAGAGCAAUAACAGUAUGAGCAAGCUCAUUUUUAUGGAAGUCUAACAAGUUUGUGUGCUCACAAGUGUGUUCAAAAUGCGUGUUUGUAUAAAUGAUGUGUUUAAGAGAGGAUGCAUAGACCAUAUUCUCAUGCCGUUUCUCCCAUUUGUCCCCCGACGUCACGUCCAGGGUGGAACACUCAAAAGUCACGCUGCUGUGUUCCAGGUUGUGGAAACAUAGAGAAGUCUUUAUUAUUUCACCACUUCCCGACUGUGACUGCAGAGGUGAUUGAGAGUGAACAUUUGGAGAGACAUCAAGCAAUAUUUUCAAGGUGAAACAACAUGUCAAAUGAUGUAUUAGCUACCGUUAGCAUUCGACCACUUCCUAGCUAUUGUCAUAUUUGAUAUAGUUAAAGGAUAUGACAGGAAAGGUAUAGAUUAAUACUUAAAUAUGAAAAUGCAUUUAUUUAAGCCUGGCAGUAAAACGCACUCAAGGGAUCAAGCGAUAAUGUUAGCUAUGAAUUUGCUGAAUGCUUCCGAUAUCUAAUGCGUUGUUUCACGCUGAAAUAUGGUCCGACGUCCCUCCAGAUUUUCAGCUGCUGAUCGUGUUUGAAGCAGUUAACAAUAAUUUGUCAGAUUUCCAAUGUUUAUCCAACUUGCCUGGAACACAGCAGCAUAACAUCACCCUAGCAUUUGAGCCUGCAUAGACUGAGUUAAGUCACGCCCCUGAGAGAACACUGACAGCUGAGCUAACCAAUAGUGCAGCUCUUCUUGAACCCAAAUGGUGACCAAAUAUAUUAGGAUAUAUUUUCUUUAAUGCUGAUCAGAGUUGCAAGUGUCUUUAUACAAGAAUCCAAGAGAAAUGUGAUUGGUCUGCUCCUGCAGUAAAUCAAAAGCAGCAGAAACAGUUGCUUCGGAGCUCCAUGUGAGUUAAGGUCCAGUCACACUCAGAUAUGUUAUGUCACAGUGGAGGAGAAACAUCUGAAAUCUUCAAUUUGGGUGCAUUCAACCCAGAUAAUGUCCGAUGUCAGUUCAUAGCUAGCAUGUUGGGCUCCAAAACUUCGGUCUGCAUUUCUUGCAGCACCCUCUCCUCCUGUCCAUCCCACGCUCUUCACCCUCUCGUCUCUUUCUAUCCUUUCCCCCAUCUUCCUCCUUCCCCUCCUCCUCCUUCAGUUAUUUUGAGGAAGAAGCUUCUUUUUGCAUCCCUUGUUCUUGUGUUUUUCUAUCCUGUUUUUUGGAGAUAAAUUCUAAAUGCAUGCGUGGGAAACUUUAAAAUGAUGACCUAAUUGUGAGUGGCCAUGUGAAGGGAAGCCUCUCCUCCAAGG